AUGGGUAUAAGAAAGACACCUGAAAAUGGAAUUAAGACUAAGGAGGUAAAAGGAGAGAAUGAUCUUGUUGUUUCUUAUGAGGUGAAUUCGAGAGGAAUUGAGAUCUUCUCCAAAAGCUGGCUUCCUGAAGCUACUAGCCUUAAAGCUGUGGUUUUUUUCGAAGGGAUUGCAAGGAGAUUGGCAUUAUCUGGUUAUGGAGUUUUCGCUAUGGACUAUCCAGGAUUUGGCUUAUCGGAAGGCUUGCAUGGUUAUAUCCCUAGCUUUGAUCUUCUUGUUCAAGAUGUCAUGGAGCACUACUCCAAGAUAAAAGAGAAUCACGAGUUUUGUUCUCUACCUAGCUUUCUCUUUGGACAGUCAAUGGGUGGAGCCGUGUCGCUCAAAAUACAUCUCAAACAACCAAAUGCGUGGACCGGUGCAGUCUUGAUUGCAGAUGAUUUGGUUCCACCACCGGUAUUAAAACAGAUUUUGAUUGGUCUAGCCAAUGUUCUACCGAGACAUAAGUUCCUUCCGGCAAACGUUUAA